UCAGAAGGGAGGAGAGCAGAGACUGGCAAGGAAGAGGCUGGAGGUGCUUUGGAUACCAAGCUUUCAAAAAAAGGCUGCAAGAAGAGUCUUUGCAGAAAGAGAUGGAGCAGGUGGACACACUGCCUUGUGCUGAUUUUCCUUCACCAUCACAUCAUCUAAUGGAGGAAGAAGGAUUCCCAUCAGUGCCUUUGGGACCUGGACAAGAUUCGCCUGGCACUGUGGCAAAAAGAGGCCUGGUUACCAUUCAGGAGGGGGAAUUCUGGAGGAAACACACAUGGAAACUCCACGGGGAGGAGAUGCUGAGCUUGGACAUCCAACAGCAGAGCUUCAGGCAGCUCCGCUAUGACGUGGGCAGCAAUCCUCGAGAGGUUUGUAGCCGCCUCCACUCUCUCUGCCGCCUGUGGCUGAAGCCCGAGCAACACUCCAAAGCGGAGAUGCUGGACCUGGUGAUCCUGGAGCAGUUCCUGGCCGUCCUUCCUGCCGAGAUGGAGCACUGGGUGAGGGAAUGUGGGGCAGAGACCAGCUCCCAGGCCGUGGCCUUGGCUGAAGGAUUCCUCCUGAGUCGGGCAGAAGAGGAGAAGGUGCUUCAGGAAGAAGAGCAACAGGACCUCUCCGUCAAAGAGGACAGGAACACUCCAAAGACAGGAAAUGCUCCACUUGAUGCCCAUCAGAAGUCAUUGACCGGAUGGAACAAGCAAGAGAGCAAUAAAAGAAUUGCCUCAGAGGAAAAUGACCCACAGAUAUGUCCGUCUUUGUCACCUGCUUCUGAUGCACCGGAAGCACUUUAUGUGAAACUGGGACAGGUGGCCUUUGAGGAGGUGGCUGUGUCUUUCACCGAGGAGGAGUGGGCCCUGCUGGAUCUGGGCCAAAGGGCUCUGCACAAGGAGGUCAUGGAGGAGAAUUAUGGGAUGGUGUUCUCUCUUGAUGGUGAUAAACUGGAGAGAAAGGAUGAAGAAGCCCCACCCGAAGAGUGGUCGGAAAGAAGUAGAUCUAAAAAGGGGAACGAAGGGACCCCAGUAACGGAAACAAGAGAGGCAAAGGAGAGCCCACCCCCUUCUUUACAACGAGGCAACAUUUGGGAAAUCCUUUUCGAAGAUGAAAUAGGGGAAAGCGAGGAGAGCAGGUGGUGUUUCCGGCGCGGGGAGUACUUCCACUGGAGACCAGGCCUGGAUGUGGUAGAUCAUCCAGGGAAGAAAACCCAUAAAUGGCAGUGGGGUGAGAGCUUCAAAUGGACACCACACUUUCAGAAGGGUACGAAACCGUAUACCUGCUUGGAGUGUGGGAAAGGCUUUGGUCGGAGCGGGUCCCUCAAGAGACACCAAAUCAUCCACACGGGAGAGAGGCCCUUCGCCUGCCUGGAGUGCGGGAAAGGCUUCAACCAGCACGGAGCCCUCAAGCGGCACCAGAUCAUCCACAAAGAGGAGAAGCCCCACACGUGCCUGGACUGUGGGAAAGGCUUCGUUGAGAAGCGCAAUCUCAUUGCUCACCAGCAGCACCACGCGGGGGACGGAUGCCAGGGGUUUGGAAACCAGAGCAGCCCCAACGCCGUCUUCCGGACGUACCAGGAUGCCCCGGCGGGAGAGAAACCCUACGCCUGCCUGGAGUGUGGGAAGAGCUUCAGCUGGCAGUCCCACCUCGUCCGGCACCAAAUCAUCCACACUGGAGAGAAACCCUUCAAGUGCCCGAUUUGUGACAAAAGGUUCGGCCAGAGAUCGAAGCUGAAUAAACACCACGCAACGCACACGGGGGAGAAACCCUAUAAAUGUGCAGAGUGUGGGAAAAGCUACAGCGAGAAGAGGAGCUUUAUUGCCCAUCAGAUGGGUCACACCAGGCAUCAAUGCUUGGAAGUCAGAACGAGUUACAUUCAGGGACCAGGCACAGGAUUAUUUCCACAGGGGAAGAACAACCUAUGAGUGGGAAGCUGAGUGGAAAAAGGAAGGAGCUUGAGGCUGUUAGGAAUUGUGGGAGUUGAAGUCUAAAACACCUGGAGGGCCAAAGUUUAUCCAGGCCUGUUCUAUCAACAUCUGUUAUAGAACUCCAAUAUGCUGAUGAUAAUGUAGUCUAUGCCCAUUCAGAGGAAGACCAACAAGCCACUCUAAAAACCUUUGCAGAAGCAUAUGAGAAGCUCAGCCUCUCAUAGAACAUUGAGAAAACCAAAAUGGUAUUUCAUUAGGUACCAGCCAAUUUCAUUAGGCACCAGCCAAGUCCAAAACACCCAGAGGGCCGAAGUUUUCCACUCUAGGCAGUUAAAUGCUUUGUGAAUUGAUUCUGCCAUUUGAAAUGACUGAUGACAAGAGACACACAGCUUAAGCGGCUGAGGGGGAAAAGGAAGGGGUCUGAGGCUGUUAGGAAUUGUGGGAGUUGAAAUCUAAAACACCUGGAGAGCCGAAGUUUGCCCAUACCUGGAUUAUAUGGUGCGGUUGUUCGCCUGUAGUGUCUUUCUUUGGGGUUUGAGGUUGCAUUGUGUAUGGGUUGCUGUGAGGUUUUUGGGGCUGUCUGGCCAUGUUCCAGCAGCAUUCUCUCCUGACAUUUCGCCUGCAUCUGUGCCUGGUAUCUUCAGAGGUUCUGUUGUCAGUGAGGCAAGUGGAGUGCAUAUAUACCUGUGAAAUGUCCAGGGCAUGUUAGGAGAGAGUGCUGCUGGAAUAGGGCCAUACAACCUGGAAAACCCACAGCAACCCAAUGAUUCUAGCCAUCAAAGCCUUCGCGACAAUACGCUGCACAUGUUUUGCUCUAGAACACAUCAGCAAAAAUGUGUAAUCUUGAUGUUCUAGAACAGAGCUUUAUAUUGAUGGCACACUUUCAAGGUGUGCAUCAUUUUACAACACAGUCAUUCAGUUUUACUCGGGGCUGCGGUGGCGCAAUGGGUUAAACCGCUGAGCUGCUGAGCUUGCUAACCUGAAGGUUGGCAGUUCAAAGCCAUAAGACGGGGUGAGCUCCCACAGUGGCGCAAUGGAUUCAACUGUUAAGCUGUUGAGCUUGCUAACCUGAGAGUUGGUAGUUUGAAUCCCUCAGAUGGGGUGAGCUCCCGCUGUUUAGCCCCAGCUCCUGCCAACCUAGCAGUUCAAAAACAUGCAAAUGUGAGUAGAUCAAUAGGUACUGCCUCAGCAGGAAGGUAAAAGGGUGCCCCAUUAAGUCAUGCUGGCUACGUGACCAGGAGGUGUCUAUGGACAAUGCAGGCUCCUCAGCUUGGAAAUGGAGGUGAGCACCUCCCCCAGAGACAGAGAUAAGUACCACCUCCAAAGCCGGAGAUGAAAGGGGAAGACUUUGCUUUUGUCUGUGUAUUUGUGUUUCAGAAGCGUUGAAUGUUUGCCUGUGUUUGUAUAUAUGCUGGAAUCCACUUGAGUACAAAUACAAAUAAAGUGUUAUUGUUGUU